UCACGGUAUAGGCUACUUGAGUGUGUUCGGUCUCGUCAACAAAAAUGGUGAUUUGCUGUCUGAACAACGCCUUCUCUCUCUUCUGAAUCUACUUUCUCGCUCCAAAAGUAGUUUUUAAACAAAAGAGAGACAAAUGGGAGAGAUAUCAAAUCCACUCAGAAGCAACUAAAGAACAAAAAGGGUUGUUCAGACAGUAACACCAUUUUGUUAAAAGAGUUUGGAGGGGGAGAAGAGUGAAGAAGAGCAGAUAAAACAAAGCAAUCGCCGCCAUUGUUAGGGCUUUUUUUAAGAAGCCAAUAAUAGACAGCAGAGAAAGAGACAUUGUUGAUAGCGAAUUUGAAUCGGAAAGAGACCCCCCAAGAUCUCUCUUUUUUUUUGUUUCCUUCCUUGUACUACCCUCAGGGGAGGACUUUGGUGAUUUUUUUAUUGGCGAAAGAGGGAGAAGAUGAGACCAUCAAUACCUCUUGACUAUGCUCUCUUCCAACUCUCCCCAAAGCGGUCAAGAUGUGAAUUGUUUGUCUCUACUGCGGGGUAUACUGAGAAGAUUGCUUCUGGACUGGUCAAACCGUUUGUUGCUCAUUUGAAAGUCGCUGAAGAGCAGGUGGCCAGGGAAGCUCUGUCUAUAAGGCUACAAGUUGAGAGCAGCAAAAAUGCUGGAACUUGGUUUACUAAAGCGACGCUCGAGAGGUUUGUACGCUUUGUUAGUACCCCAGAGGUUCUGGAAUUGGUUAGCGCUUUGGAUGAGGAAAUGUCUCAGUUAGAGGCUGCCCGUAAAAUAUACGGCGAGGGGACUGGUGACCAGCGAUCUGGUGCAAAAGAUGGCACAGAAACUACACCAGCGGCUGAUGUGACAAAGAAGGAGCUACUGAGAGCUAUUGAUUUACGGCUUGCAGCAGUUAGACAGGACUUGGAAACUGCUUGUAAUCGUGCUUCUGCUGCUGGUUUUAACCCAAUCACUGUCCCCGAACUUACUCAAUUUGCUGAUCGAUUUGGAGCCAGUCGCUUGAAUGACGCAUGCACCAAGUUUAUAGCAGUUUGCCAGAGAAGGCCAGAGCUUAUGAGCUCUUGGAGGUUGUUCAAUCAGGAACAAGAAGCUAUACGUUCGUCAUGGGAAUCUGAUAUGUCAAUUGAUGAUCCCACUGAAGAUCCAUCCAAAAACCUGGGAAGUGGUAUGGAAGAGAAAAGUGUAACAGCGACCAGAUACUCCCAGCAAGAAGCAAAGCUUAUGCCACAGAGUAGUCAUGGUGAAAAGGAUGAAGAAGAGGAAAAAACUCCUGUGCAAAACGAGCCAUUAGCAAGCCAGACUAGGCAACUAACGAGACGGCUCAGUGUGCAGGAGAGGAUCAACCUAUUUGAAAACAAGCAGAAAGAAAACUCUGGAGGGAAAACAGCUGUGGUGGUGAAACCCACUGAUCUGAAAAGGCUCUCUUCUGAUUUAUCAUCUUCCGCAGGGGUGGAAAAAGCUGUGGUACGGAGAUGGAGUGGUGCUAGUGACAUGAGCAUUGAUUUGGGAAAUGAUAGGAAGGAUGUGGCUGGUGAUAGUCCCUCGUCGUCAUCAGUGUCCAAAGAUGGAAGUGGUGGUAUAUCUUCAAAACAAUCUGUUGGAUGCAAUAAAAGAGAGCAUAACGGGUUGAGUCAUACUGAGAAUCCUCAUAAGAAUGAAGAUGAAUGUAGUUCCAACAGUACUGGUGACAUGGGAACGGAUAAAGUAGAGUCCCAUAAAUCAAGCUCUCCUUUCUUACGGAAAGACAAGGAGGUAGACUUGAAGGUGCCUUUGGAUUACUCAGGGAAUGCAAAUAUAGAUGAUGAGUCCAAUAACAAAAUUGGAGAUUUUGAAUCAGAUAAGCAGGAUCAAAUACAGUUUAGAGAUCCUCGGAGUCAUUCAUUGUCUACAUUACAUCAGUUAAGUGGUACUGAAUCUAGUCUCACUAGUGUUCGGAGCAAUGGAGGAACUGCGGAGUCUCCUAGGAGAGAAUCUUCAGCUACUAGGCAAUCACCACCAGCUGAGGAUCGCCAGGGAAAGACACAACUCUAUGGAGGUACUGAACAGAUGAGAAGACCACAUGGUAGAAGGGCUGAAACUGGUUCUGCCGAUGUAAAUAAAAAGCCACCUUCAGCCAUUAAUAUUAGUGUGUCAGACAUCUCAGAGAGUGAUACUUUGAACCAAAUGUCCCCGGCAGAGCAAGUUCAAAGGGCCAGAGCCUCUAAGGGAAGUCAAGAGCUGAAUGAUGAAUUGAAAGUGAAAGCAAACGAGCUUGAAAAGCUAUUUGCUGAACACAUGCUCCGUGUCCCCGGGGAUCAAUCCAGUUCUGUCCGUAGAGGCAAGCCUGUAAAGCCGAGUGAACAAGCUGUGACGUCACAGCUCAGAAGACCUGUAGCAGAGGAUCUAAUCACAAGUUCAAAUGAUGAAGACAAGUUCAAAACUCCACCAACUGUGAAGGCGGUUGCUAACAGUGACUAUGGAGACACCACAAGGCAAAAACUUCCAGAAAUCAGCUUUUCAGAUAGCUCUAGAGGAAAGUUCUAUGAGGAGUAUAUGCAGAAGAGAGACGCCAAGCUGAAGGAAGACUGGAGUUCAAGAAGGACCGAGAAGGAAGCCAAGUUGAAGGUGAUGCAAGAUGUACUUGAUCGCAGUAACGCUGAGAUGAAAACCAAGUUUUCUCAGUCUACUGCAAGACGUGACUCAGAUGCUAGACGUGCAGAGAAGCUUGUGUACUUCAACUCUAGGCUUAGUGCUAGACAGGAUCAGCAUCCAAUUAGCUCAUUCCAGAGUGAAGAAGAGGAAGAUGUUUCCAGGAGCACACAGAAUACGAAGCUACAACAAAACAAAAACACUUCUCGAACCAUUACUACAUCAGCUUCACGCUCUGCAGCCAAAGUGUCUACACCCAGUUCCGCUAGGCGGAGAGGACAAGACAAGCUUCUUGCACAGUCAGUCCCUAACUUCGCCGAGUUCAAGAAGGAAGGCAUGAAGCAACCAUCCUCAGGAGUUGGGAGAAAUGGUGUCCGCUCACAGGCGAGAAGCUCCGUGAGACCGAAGGCUGUAAUAACUGAAGAAGAGAAGCUGAGAAGGCCGACAAACUUCAGAAAAGUUGCUGCUGAAGCUGCUGCUCCAGAGGAUGAUGCUGUUUCUGUACCUCUGAAUCUUGAGCAAGAGCAAAGCGGGAGAAAGGCUUCAGAAGGAUCCGAUGCAUCAGACGAAAUGGAGAAAGAGGAGGUGGAAGAUGUGCUUGGUGAUGACACAGAAGCUGAAGCUUUUACUGACGCAGAAAACGAGAAGUCAAGACUUAGUCAAGACUUUGAAGAUGGUGAAUCUAUAGCUUCUCAGCUUGACCCUGGUUCAAACGCUGAGUUACCUAUAGCUUCUAGGCAUCACCAAACCAUCGGUUCGUUUCUGGAUGCACGAGUGAAGCAGCAGCAGUAUCAAAACGAGGCAUCUGAGCUUGAUGCUUCAGUGGACUCUCCAGUGGACAGUCCUACUUUCUGGAGCCUUAGCCACACAGAGAAUGAUACAACUCAAAUGAGAAAGAAAUGGGGAGCUGCUGAGAAUAAACAAGAUGUGACGAAAGGGUUGAAAAGGCUUUUGAACUUUGGAAGGAAGAACCGUGCGGCUGAGAAUUUGGCUGACUGGAUAUCCGCUACGACCUCUGAAGGGGAUGAUGAUACCGAAGAUGGAAAAGAUCUCGCGUAUAGAUCAUCAGAAGACUUGAGAAAGUCGAGAUUCUUACAAACUCAGCCCUCUGAUGAUAGCUUCAACGAGAGUGAGCUAUUCAAUGAACAAGCACGAACCACUAGCGCACCAUUGAGCUUUAAACUGAAGGAGGAUCAGAUGUCUGGAGCUUCUGUAAAAGCACCAAGGUCAUUCUUUUCACUCUCCAAUUUUCGAAGCAAGGGGAAAUGAUUUCGAAACACAAAGGUUCAUAGGAUCCAAGCGAAUGAAAAGAUAAAAAGGAUUCUAUGUGCUUUUUUGUUUUCGGGCGAAUGUAUCAUUGAGAAUAGUUUCUCCUUUAUUCAAUAUAUCAUCCUAUGUAUGUGAUAGUGGUUUUGAGCCUACAUUUGUAAAUUGUAUCAAACCUGAAAACAUGUCUUUAUCGGUUUGGUAUCAAUGUGAUUUUGGUAGUACAAACAAAAUAAAAGGA